GGAAGGAACCGGAAGUGAGGUGCGCGACGCCGUGUCAACGCUGACUUUCCGUGAAAUGAUUAUGAGGCCAAAAAAACCAGACCGACAGCAGAAAAAUAGGAUCAACGAGAUGGCGAUUUUCCCCCCGGGUUUGGUUUAGAUGCGGCCGCGUCCAAUGUGGAGAAUCCACGUCGAGGAAACGGCCUGCUCCGUGACGUCACUUGUUCCGCGUUGGCCCGGACGUGGUAGCACAGCGAGAGCCGAGAGGAUAGGAAGAAGAAGAGGAAGAGCUCCGAGUCCGAGCUUGAGUUUGCGGCCGCUUUCGGGCCCCGACGCGACAGAGGCGCUCGAUACUCGGACGACGACUCGGCCGGAGUCAACAUGGGUCUGACCAUCUCGUCGCUCUUUUCCAAGUUUUUCGGCAAGAAGCAAAUGCGAAUCCUGAUGGUGGGUCUGGACGCAGCCGGGAAAACCACCAUUUUGUACAAACUCAAGCUGGGAGAGAUCGUCACCACCAUUCCGACCAUCGGGUUCAACGUGGAGACGGUGGAGUACAAAAACAUUUGCUUCACCGUUUGGGAUGUGGGCGGCCAGGACAAGAUAAGACCUCUAUGGAGGCACUACUUCCAGAACACGCAGGGUUUAAUCUUCGUGGUGGACAGCAACGACCGAGACAGAGUGGCCGAGUCGGCGGAAGAGCUAUCCAAGAUGAUCCAAGAGGACGACCUGAAGGAGGCGGCGCUGCUGGUCUUCGCCAACAAGCAGGACCUCCCCAACGCCAUGGCCGCUAGCGAACUCGCUGACAAACUGGGCCUGAACAACCUGCGCGGCCGCACCUGGCACAUGCAGGCCACCUGCGCCACUCAGGGGACCGGCCUGUACGAGGGCCUCGACUGGCUGUCCAACGAGCUGGCCAAGCACUAGACGGAAAGCGGCGGCGGCGGCGGCGAAUCGCGGGACUCAUCUUCUUCUUUUUUUAAGUUAUAAACACACCGACCGGCAGGAGGCGACUCAUCUGAGCGACGAUCUCCCUUUCUUGUCUUUGUUUUCCUACGCAUGUUGCGAGCGGGAGUCGUGCGCACGGAAGCGAGGAGUUGGCGGGGCGGGACUCCUGUGAAGAGCGGCCCUCCGUGCAAUAAAGGUGUCCUCUUUGGGACGACGGGCUCUCGUGAGCGCCUGACAAUUAUUUGACGCUUCCCGACAAAAACACACACGUGACUUUGUUUCAGAUCAUUCUUUUAAUUAUUAUUUGGACGGGGCAAAAACCCUUGGCCCCGACAAGCAAAGCGGGACCGAGCCCACGCAAAAGCGCUUCUGCGGCCGGCCGACGUCUCCCUAAAUACCGAUUGGCUCGUGCCGGUCGUUCUGACGUUUGACCACAAAGACUUUCUGUCCAGAAACGGUCACGGUGAGAACAAAGUCCUCCAGUAUGACUUUGGGGAGAAAAGAAAAGGGAGGGGGCGGGUUAGUCGAGGACGGAUCGACGACGGCGGCGGACCCUUACCCGACAAGCGUUUGAAGGGCACGUCGGCCGACCCCGCCAACCGGAAGCGACUGGCCGUGCGAACCAUCUGCAUCAUCGCGCCGGCCGUGCGCUCGUCGUUUUCCAGCUCGCCCGAAGACUUGCGACACGACAAACACGUGUCGGUACGUUGUUCUGCCAAAAUGUCCUACCCCUGCCAAACGUCCUACCGGAGGCAAAUUUGACUCCCGAAGUACGACCGUGCGCUUUUGGCUCGUUUCGGUUUCGAUGCGUGCGCGUACUUGUAAUUUGCCCUGAGAAAAUCCUGAUUUUUCUGUCAUACCAAAUAAGGGUGUUUGAAGUACACUAGGUGGUCAGCAGAUACAGUGCCCUCUGUAAUGAUUGGAUUUAUAAUAAUUGUGGUUUUUAGCUUCUCAUAAUUGUUUUUUCGAAAUAAUAUGGGACCUCACUGGGGAAAA